AUGGAAAUCGAUAGUGUUGUGCGACUGGCCCAACAGACUGCCAAGGCUGCCCGUGGUCUUGCUUCGCACGACAUCAAGUUCUACAGCUCUAUUGAUGACAAGGUGGCCGACAGCGUGAAGGAGAAUGCAUCACAGCUCAUUGGAGUGGUCAACCAGCUGGCCCAGAAGAUUGCCCCGAACGAAGUGGGAUCUUUUCCUCCCGAGCUCGACACUGUGAACCGACACUGGAAUGAGUUCUCGUCUGUUGUCGAUGACCUGUACGAGAAAACCGACAUUCAGCUCGGAAAGCUGAACAAAAAGGGAGACAAGGUUGAGAUUGCCGAGUCCAAGAAGACUGGCCCUCAGACGCUCGGAGAGAAGAUCCGAGUAGGAAAUGCCAUUCAGUCAUCUAGCGAGAUCAAGGGGCCGCAAUGGAAGCCCCAGGAGAUGUGGGAGGUCGACAAUUCGAGAGACACUCCCUUCAAACCCAAACUCACCUCGAAACCAAAUGCUCUGGAGCCCCUAGAGGACGCGUUCGAAUUGGUGACUGAAGAUGACAGACGAGAUCACUACCCACAGCCCUACGCCAAGGAGAUAAUGGAGCAGCCCUACCCAGAUGAGGUGUACGAGGAGACAGAGGUCAUUCCUAACCGACCAUGGGAGGCUGAAGGAGAGGAUGAAUACAUCUACGUUGACACAGAGGAGAAACUCAGAGACAUGGUUGACCACCUGAAGACCCAGGAGGAGAUAGCCAUCGAUGUCGAACAUCAUUCCAUGCGAACAUACUACGGCAUCACAUGUCUUGUGCAGGUUUCCUCUCGGGAGCAAGAUUACAUCAUCGACACCAUCGCUCUCCGAAACCUCGAGAUCUUCAAUGAGGUUUUGACUGACCCCAAGAUUGUCAAGGUUUUGCAUGGAGCCACUAUGGAUAUUCAGUGGCUCCAAAGAGAUUUCGGUCUGUACAUUGUGUCUCUGUUCGACACCUUCCAUGCCGCCCAGGCCCUUGGCCUCAAGGGACACAGUUUAGCGUUCCUUCUCCAGCAUUACGCCAACUUCGUCACUUCUAAGAAGUACCAACUCAGUGACUGGCGAAUUCGACCUAUGUCGCCUGAGCAGCUUCUCUACGCCCGAGCAGAUACCCACUUCCUGCUCAACAUCUACGAUCAGCUGAAGAAUGCGCUCGUGCAGAAGGACAAGAUCGAGGGAGUUUUGGAAAAGAGCAGACAGACUGCUUCCCAGAGGUAUGAGUACACCGGCUACGACCCAAGGUACUAUCUCAAGUCGUUCGACUACGAGGGAGGUAUCAAUCGUCUCAUUUCUCAGUUCCACAUCACUGGGCCUAGUGUCUCAGUCGCCAAGGCUCUUUUCUUGUGGAGAGACAGCAUGGCUCGAAAGGAGGACGAGUCUACUGGCUACGUGAUGCCUAACUAUCUGCUCGUUUCACUUGCCAACCGAAUGCCUCAAACGCCCGAGGCUGUGUUCAGUGUAUCCAAGUCUCUCCCGCUUCUUGUUCGAAAAAACGUUGAGGAGAUUCUGGACGUCAUCAAGGAUUCCAAGGACGAGCAUGUUGAGGUAGAGCAGGUUGAGGAGGAGCCCGUCCUCGCUGCCGAGUCUAUUGAGGGGGCAGAGUUUUCUGAAAUCGCAGAGGUCAUCUUCCUGGCAGCCCAGGACGGACAGUCAGAUAUCACAGGCAAAUUCGACUCUUCCAAGUCGUCUAUUGUACAUGUAAAGGAGACUGCUCUAGGUCCUCUUGGUGUUUCCAAGAUUGAUAAGCAUAUGAUGGUUUUGGCGGUUCCCGUCGCACCCCUAUCUGUUGACUCUACUGAAUCUGAUAGCGAAGUCCAGAACGCUGAGGAGGAGGUCAAGGUUGAGCAGGAUGCCGCUGCUGACGACGAGUCUGAUUACUCUGAAGAUGAGCACGAGCAUGCCAAUGAUAUCAUUAUUGCCAAGUCUAACAAGAAGUACACAGCUGACAAGGAGGCUAAGAAGGGAGUAGCAAAGGAGAAGUCCGAGGAGUUCACUCCGUUUGACUACUCUGCUGGUGCUUCUAUUCUCAAGUCCGACGAUCAGAAGGCCGCCGAGAAGAAGGCUGCCAUGACUGCCCGAAAACAGAAGGCCAAGGAGAAGAAACAGUUUAACCCCUACGAAAUAAAGGAGGAUGCCAAGGGUGCUUCUAAGCGACGAGGACCCAAGGAUGGAGGUGCUCGAUCAGUCCAGUACAAGAAACGGCGUACAUAG